AUGGAUAUAAAAGGAAAUAUAUAUUUAUAUACGAUGACUAUUGUGUUGUUGAUGAUUGUAUCGUUGACGACACCUGGACAGGCAUUCUCCUUCAAGGUUCCUGCAAAGAUAGAGGAGUGCAUAUAUGAGGAGUUGCCAUUGGACGCCUCAUUCACUGUGAUGUUCCAAGUUACACAGGGAGGCUUCAACGACAUUGACUUUACAAUCAUAUCACCAGACAGUCGUAUAUUGUACAAGGGCGAGAGAGAGUCUGAGGGCACCAAAGUGAUGAAGGCCAGCAUGGAGGGUCUCUACAGCUUCUGUUUCAGCAAUCAGAUGUCUUCGUUGACCGAGAAGACCGUCAGCUUCAUGGUGGUCGUUGGCGAGCGCUCUCAAAUGGCUGAUUUGGCAAAGAAGGGAGACAUCACACCUCUGGAGCGACAGAUCGUACAGCUAGCCGAUGGUGUACAAGCCAUUCUCAACGAGCAGAACAACUUGAAGAUGAGAGAGAUUACUCAUAGAAAUACCGCUGAGUCUACCAAUAGUAGAGUAACAUGGUGGGCAUUCUUUGAGGCCGUCCUCUUGGUCACAAUGAGUCUUUGGCAGAUUUACUACCUUCGUCGAUUCUUUGAGGUAAAGCGUGCCGUC